AUAAAAUGAAGCAAAGCAGAGUAAAGCAGCAGUAGAGAUCAGCUACAGUCACGAAGAGAAGGUCGACAAGAUAAGAAACAAGAAGAAACAGAAGCAAAGGAGACAACAGCUAUGUUACACCAAUCAGUCCUCAUCAGAGAUAAUCUGGCGUUGAUUUUGCUUUUGCUUUGUGCCUCAACAAACUUAAUAUCAGCAACAGAUUCCACUUCUAAGAAGGUUUCGGAUUAUGACGUCCAAUUUAAAGAAUCUGGAACACAGUACACCGAGAUAAUACAGGUGAACAGAGACAAGCAAACAGAAUUGUUUACAGUUCCUGCUCAUAAUGACGUGGAUGGAAGCAAUAUAUUGCACGACUUCAAGGCGAAUAUGAGCAUGUUGAUGGUACCAGACAAGAAGAUUUGUUAUCUUCUGCCUCUUUCCCGCGAGCUGCCUCCGCCAAGUAGACUGGAAAGUGAUCUUGACCAAGCUGAGAAAAACAGCAGUGACGAGGCGACUACGAUUGACAGCAAGUGGGCUGUGGAUACUGAGGUAACCAAUCGAUCCACCCUCAGCGAGGAAUUAAGAAACUUCUGUCCAGACUACCCGAUAUAUCGGGUUCACACCAUGGAGAACACAUCUGCAUCCGAAGAGACUCAAGCAGAAGGAGCAAAACAUCGAAGUCGUCGAUCAUACUGGCCAAUUUACUACUUAAGAGUGUGUCCAGGUGGACGAGGCUCUUUGAGUUACUCCGACCGCUCCUGUUGCAGUAGGGUUGGUGGAUACUGGCAGAUACGUUACAGAGUUUAUUCGCGUACAUGCUACUCUGUUCGCUCUUGUUACAGGUGGUGGUUCUGGUAUACCUGUCGAACACGGCACUACGUAAAUUAUGUGUAUUGUUAUGAAUAUAAAUGUAGGGUCUACUAAAACUCUACUAGGAAAUCUAGUUCUUUUUAUUUUAAACACAGUUUUAUAUUUUCCAUGGUGCCUUUUCGCAAAAGUGUUUUGAGUGACUCAAAAAAGCGUAAACACUAAUCCUUUCAACAAAAUGACUCCAUUCCAUUCAAGGCCUGAGAAGAAAUCGUGAUCUAGAUCGGUUGAGAAACAGUUGCUUCCGAUGAUAUAUUUUUUUCUACCACAAACUUCAUCUGGAUGAACCCCAUAUUAGCACAGGGACUGGGAUACCUGACAAAAUACAGUAUCAGACGAUUAUGAAUUCCGUUUUCUCUGUGCCAAAUAAAAAGAGCUUGAUUAUC